AUGGGUACUGCGCUGCAGUUCCAGAGUCUGACGCCAGACACCCCAGGAUGUGGAGAAGCGUCGGGGAAACUCAGAAGGGAAGUCGGUUCAGGAGGCACAGGUGACGGUGGAGAGUGCCCCGAGUCUCCCGAUUUUGCUCAACAUUCCGAGUCGUCGGGUUGCCUGGAACAAGCUGGGAGCGCCCAACUUCCCGGACGGGAUCGGUUCAUGAUGUGA